AUGUCAAAGGUGUUUUCGAACCAAUUUAGCCUGGAUGGGAACAUCCACGUGUCUUCACUGUACGAUGGCAGUAAGAAAGGCCUGUACUGGCUCUGGUCAGGCGUGAACUGGGUCGGUGUCUUCGCCUGGCUCGCCGGUACUACCAUGGGCAUUCCGGGUUUGAUCGGCCAGCAUCAACCGCAGCUCCUCAGUGACGCCGCUCGUCGCAUGCACAUGAUGGGUGAUAUCCUGACUUUCGUGACCGCAGCCGUGGUCUACUUUGCUUUCACAUGCUUCAUCCACUAUCGAGUCCUUGCUGCUGGUCGAGAAGAUAUGACUCGUCAGCGCGAGUGGUUGGCAAAGGAGGGUCGCGAAGGUUUUUUUCAUGGGGAGAAAGAAGGACUCGCGAUUGAGGCACCGUCCACACCACCCGUUAUGGACAUCGAGGAGAUCUAUCUGGAGGGCGAAAAGGGUGGCAAGAUGUAG